AUGGCGUUCACCUUCGCCGCCUUCUGCUACAUGCUCACCCUGGUGCUGUGCGCCUCGCUCAUCUUCUUCGUCAUCUGGCAUAUCAUCGCUUUUGACGAGCUGCACACAGACUUCAAGAGUCCCAUUGACCAGGGGAACCCGGCGAGGGCACGAGAGCGAUUGAAAAACAUUGAGCGGAUUUGCUGCCUCCUGAGAAAGCUCGUGGUCCCUGAAUACUCUAUCCAUGGGCUCUUCUGCCUCAUGUUCCUGUGUGCAGCCGAGUGGGUCACCCUGGGCCUCAACAUCCCUCUGCUCUUUUACCACCUCUGGAGGUACUUCCACCGCCCGGCAGACGGGUCCGAGGUGAUGUACGAUGCUGUCUCCAUCAUGAACGCCGACAUCCUCAACUACUGCCAGAAGGAGUCAUGGUGCAAACUAGCCUUCUAUCUGCUGUCCUUCUUCUACUACUUGUACAGUAUGGUUUAUACUUUGGUGAGUUUCUAA